AUGUUUCGCUUGCUACCCUGGCCCUCUGCGAUAGGAGGGGACAAGGUAAUGACGAAGGAGGUCAAAAUGCUCGCUGGCGUCAACAGCCUGUCGCUGCCCAACCUGAAGCGCAAGCGCUCAGAUGAAGAGUCUGACGCGCCUCCCGCAGUCAAGCCGCGCACUGAAGACACCGCGCUGCCUUCGCCUUCAAGUCCUACCGCUCCUUUGCAUCUCCCCAUCGCGUCUGACCUGUCGGACCCGGUCGCAUCUACGAACCCGCCCGCGCAGGCCGCCGGUCCUACCGUAGAUGUGAAUCAACUGCGUGACACCAUCACCGCCCAGCUGAGCCUGGAAGUGCUCCUCAAGCAUAACGAGCUACGUCUGAUCGACCAGGAGAUCGCCAAAUGCCAAGUCGCCCUGGAACAACUUCGACGAUGCGCGGAAAUCCCCUACCCGGGCUCUCAUGUCGCGGGCAUCUCCGCCGAUGUGAGUGCUGGGACGGGCGCAUCGGUGCUGAAGCCUGGAAAUGGCCCGCCACCGGUAUCGCCUGCGCCCUGGGGUGUCACGGAGGGUCCGUACUCGCGUCACUACGCACGCUGGUUGCUUCCUGAUCCCCGUUUCGACGGCGGUGAGAUUGAGCCAGGCCUUGCUGCCGCUGCCGCUGGCAUGCAGACAGAGGGUCGCUCAACCCGUGGGAAUCCGAUGGACUUCAGUGCUCUGGCCGGGAAAACGCGGACUGGCCGUGGCUCUGUUAGUGGCAAGUUCCAAGCGCUGCCUAGCGGAUAUCCUCCGGUCAAGGAAAAGGCUGGGCCGAUGAUCAUUCGACGGAAAGCGGACAAUGUUUGGGUGAAGCUUGUUUGCCUAGACUGUCAUCGUGACAACUUCUCCAGCACCCAGGGCUUCAUCAACCAUUGCCGUAUUGCCCACAACCGUAACUUUGCUAGUCACGAUGCGGCGGCUCAGGCUUGUGGUGUACCGGCUGAGACUGAUGAGUCUGGUGCCCUUGUUGGCGGUCGAACUGAGGCUGCGCCUGCUGUCACUCCUACAGCUACUCCCACUGUCUCCACUCCUACCGUCCCCGGCUAUGUGCAUCCUUUGAUUCGCGCGGUACCUCCUGUGUCUUCUCCUGCGUCGGUUACUCCCAAGAAAGAUUUCAAGAUGAACCCUCCGGCCGGACCCGUGGCCACUCCACCGGCAACCGUGCAGCGGAUACCAGAGCCGCGCCGUCAGUCGGCCCCUGUCACUGCCAACCCUUCAUUCACGGCCUCACCUGCGACUCCUCAUCUGUCGGCCCUGAUGCGGGAACGCGGACUGGGACUCAACAUGGACAAGCUCGUGGAAGAGGCGAAAACUCCAGUAGACCUUAACGGUCUUUCAGAUGGUGAAUCUGAUUCAGAGGAGCCACAGCUUCCUGUAUCAAAGCCGGGUGCCGCCUCUCAGCCUAUGCGGAUUCCUACCGCCCAGGCUGCAUCCGAACGAACGGAGAGCCGCAAGGGUCCCGAGAGGGCGUUCGCUCAUCUUCAAUCAGAGAACGCGACUCCAUCUAGGCCGCAAUCAUUCUUGCGUGACCUCUCUGCUCUAGCCGCGAAAAGCCAACCUUCCCACGAUAGUCUCGAUCACUCGGCCAACCUCAGUCCUCAUACAAUCGAGUCCAACCAAGCGCCUAGCCUGGUCAGCGAUGAUGAAGAUGACUAUGAAGCCGCUUCGGACUCCGAUGGCCCUGACUCCUCGGAAGCAGGUGACCAUGAAGAGGAAUUCCGCCACAUCGAAGUCCAAGAUGACGAGCGCCAGGCUCCUGCUGCUCCCGCUCCUGAGGCCAAGCCCGGCCCUUCAUUAGCAAAUCCCACUCCCCAGCCUGCUUCAACCUUGCAGCAGCUCAAGCAGUCCCGGCAGCAAAAUAUCCCUCUGAUGCCUUUUGACAGCCGUGACGACGACCCCAGGAGUUUUGUGCGUCCCGAGGACCCGUCCAACCCGAAAGGGACACCCAACGGACGGAAGCCCGCUCCCUCAAACCGCUAG